AUGUAUGAGACUUUUGGUGAAAAAGAAGAGAAAGAACUUCAUUUAAUGAGAAAGAGAUUUGGUAAAUUAAGAUUUGAAACUGAUCAUAAUAUUGAAAAAAGCAAAUUAAUGAGCACAUAUAUAGAAUAAACAAAAUAAGAUGCAAGAAGUGUUCUGUUAAAUUAAACCCCAUAAAGUAAAAUGAAUUUGAAUUUGCAAAUGAGUAGAUUAUAAACAAAUACCUCAUUAAUGGAUUCAAAUUCUACAAAAAGGAAUCUAUUUUAGAAGAAAACAAAUAGUAAUAAUCGAAACUUUAGUGCAAGAACUACAAAUAGAAUUACAUCUUUGCCUAACAAUUAUUUUUUCAAUUUUCCAAAAUGGAUGGAAGAGAGAUAAGAUUUCUAAAAGUGGAAAUAACAUGAGUAAAACAAUAAUUAAGCAAUAGAGAUUUUGACAUUCAUUUGAAAAUAGUUUCAAUAUGUAAAAGUGAAUCAUUCAGAAGAGAUGAUGGUCAAAAAACAAUAGUAGCAUUAUAUCUAUAAACAUUGAGUUUAUUUAAAUUAAUGCCUUUGGAAAUGCUAAAGGAAUUAGGAGGUCGAUUAACAUAUAUUGAAUUAAAAACAGAAGCUGAUUUAACAUUAUGUAGAUAUGGUGAAAAAGGAGAGUGUAUGUUUAUAAUAUUUAAAGGAAAGGUUGAUGUUAUUAGUUUUGAUGUAAAAAUAAUUUAUAAUUAAUAAGGGAAAACUUCUCAAAGUUUUUGGUAGUAAUGAACAUGUUGGAAGAAGUGCACUUGAAACAGAUGCACCUAGAAAUGCUACAUUAAUAACUAAUUUUGAAUCUCAUAUACUCAAAUUAUAAAGAUGGGACUUUUAAUAAUGUUUAAAUAAUUUGUUUAAAAUUGAAAGACCGAAAUGGAAAAAGUUUGUAGAAACAAUUCAUUUUUUUGACAGUUUUCAUCCUCAUAAAAUUGAAAGAAUGUGUGAUGAAUUAAAAGGUCGCUUUAUGUCUACAAAAGAUUGUUUAUAUAAAGCUGGAGAUUAAGUAGAUAAUUUUUAUAUUGUUAAAAAUGGAACUUUAGUUAAGAAUGUAGUUGUUGAUUUGGAAGAAUCCAAUAGAUGGCCAAUAGGAGCUAAAGAAUGGGAAAAGAAAACUAUAACUACCUGUUAAAGAAUUCCUUUGUAGUAUAAAGCAUAAUCUUUAUUGGGGUAUUAUGAAAUAGUGACUUUUGAACAAUUGUAAUUAAAAAAAAGAACAGAAACUAUUGAUGCAGCAGAAGAUUCAUUUGUAUUGUUUAUUCCAAAAACACUUUUUACUGAAAUUUUUGAUGCAGAUGAUUAAAAAAAAUUCAGAGAUUUGUAUACUAGAUUACAUCCAACCAGUUUUGAAAUUUUAAUUUCUAAAGUAAAAAGUGAAGAAACGAAAAAGAAACAAGAAUUUUAAAUAAUAAAUAAAGCUAUUACAGAUGGAUUAUUAUCUGUUCCCUAACAUCUUUUAGAGAAAGUAAUAUAAUUUAUUUUAAUUUUAGAAAUUUUAAAAAUAUUCAAAAGUAUUUGAUAAUGCUAAAAAUAAAUUAUAUUAAUUUAAAUAAUCUAGAGAAAUCAUUAAAAGAGAAAAAAGAACCAAAAAUAUGAUAUCUAUAUAUGAAUGA